AUGGAAGUUGAGAAUCACAUAAGUCUCCAAAAGUCGAUUUCAAUGAUAAACUCAGACCAAAACAUAGCCAAGGAUUACUUACCUGAGAUGGAGAAAGAACUUUAUUUCAAAGGUUUAGUCUUUUACAUUUUCGGGCACAACAAAGACCUCUUAAUGGAACAUAUUAUAUCAAAAAAGCCUGAGUACCUUUCUUUAAUUAAUAGUUUGGGAGAGACACCACUGUUUGUAGCCGUUUCGAGUCUCAGCGUAUUAGUCCAGAAAAUAGUUGAUAAAGUUGGGGUGAACACAAAGACAACAGAAGGAAACAAUAUUUUGCACUACGUCUGCAAAUAUCCGGUCCCUCGAAGACUUUUAGUCAUCACUUCGCUCAUCAAAACAAACGCAUUUUUACUAGAAGACAAAAACAAUGUAGGGGAGACUCCUUUGCACGUUGCAGCGAGAAGUGGGGACUUAGAAUUAGUCUUGUUACUUAUGAAAUAUGGUGCAAACAAGUCUGUUGAGAGUUUGAAUGGACUGACCCCUGCUUCCUGUGCAUUAGAGUCUGGUAAUAGUGACAUCUAUGAAAUUCUUAAUGAUCGUGAUGACAUUGCGAUAGAGGUGGGUGAAGUCUCUCCGACACUAAAAGAUGGAGGGAAGAAGCUUACAUUGAAAGAACGUUACGAAGAAGCCAAAAAGAGGACUAUAGAACAGAAGUUGAGUAUUGAGAAGAAGCUUGAAGAGUGGAGAUAUCACCGCACAACAGAAAGUACUAAAGAGAAGAAAGAGAAGAAGAACACAAGUCUUCAAGCCAUCUUCCAACAAAUUGAUGAGGUGACUAUGAACAAAGAAAUGAAUGACUUACUUCAAGAGAAACCAUAUGAUCCAAGCAAGAUGUAUCACGUGUUUAGUGUCGACGGAGGGGGAAUCAAAGGUGUCUUAGAGUCGAUUAUCAUCGCUCGUAUUUUGGCGCAAAACAAAGACUUUCUGAAGAGUAUCGACUUACUCUGUGGAUGCUCUGUAGGGUCCAUUUUAGUGUCAUUUCUGGCUGUGGGAUAUGCUCCAGAGACGUGUGCGGAUCUGUUACAAAUCAUCUCUGAGAAUGUUUUUGUACGAUCCAAAAUCAAUGUGACUGAAUGUAAAUACAAAACAAGUGUGUUAAAAGCCAUAUUGGAAUACACACUUGGUGAAACCAAAAUCAAAGACAUUAAGAGACACUUCUUGGUCGAUUCUUUUAGAAUAGACUCUACCUCGGAAAAUCGAGAGUGCGAGGCAGUUUGCUUCACUAACUUACAAAAAGGAUAUGAAGAAGAGAGGCUGAGUGACAUUUGCUUGAGGUCAUCGGCUGCACCAACGUAUUUUGAACCAUACCAAAUGUACGUGGAUGGGGGUAUGCUGAAUAACACCCCUGUUGGACUGUCUUGGGGGUAUUUAUUUGGCAUCAAUGGGCUUAAUUUGGACCCCAAAAGAGUGUCGUGCUUCUCACUGUCUGCUGGUAAGCCGGACCCAUAUUACAUUGAUUCGACCAAAAUAGGGAAGGGAGGUGUAAUGCAAUGGGCUGUCAAAAUCAGUGACACAUUCUUUUAUUCGAUAAGGAGUUGGACAGUGAAAGAGGGCGAUUUGUAUCUUGGGGACAGGUGGUUACGGUUUGACCCGCCACUUGGGUGUGUCAUCGACUUAGAUGACAUUGAAAAGAUGCCGAAGAUACGUGAAAUAGCGGAGACUGUAGACAUCACCGUAGUGAAUGAAUGGGUACAAAAGCACUGGCUGAACUAA